UUAUCUUACGGGGGGGGAAAAAAAGUGUGUUUACCAGCUGCGUAGUGUAAUAACUGUUUCAUUGACAAAGAGGCGAACGUUUGUUUGAAUCUACAAACAUGGAUAAGAAAUCAUUUGAUAUCGUCUUGGAUGAGAUAAGAAAGUGCGUCCUGACCGAUCAGCGGAUCAAAGCCAUAGAGCAGGUGCAUGGGUAUUUCUCCAGUGAGCAGGUGAUGGAGAUACUGAAGUACUUCUCAUGGGCAGAGCCACAGAUUAAAGCAGUUAAAGCUCUGCAGCAUAAAAUGGUUGCAAUCCCUACAACCAAAGUUGCAAAUAUCCUGAAUUGCUUCACCUUCUCCAAGGACAGACUGAUUGUCCUGGAACUAAUAGCUUUGAAUAUUUCAGAUGCUCAGAAUUAUCGUCCUGUGGAGGAUCUGUUUCGCAUACACUUGUCGGAGAAGAAGCGUGCUCGCAGGAUACUGGAGCAGGUGUGUAAGGUUGGCUGCAAGGCUCCUGUAGCCAUGAUCUCCUCCUGUGGUAUAAUACCAGGAAACCCAUACCCUAAAGGCAGACCCAGCCUGGUCAGUGGCACAUUUCCUGGAAUCCCUCCAGUAAAGAAGGAAGGCGAGAAGAAAGAUGACACAUCUAACAAUCUGGAGAUGAAAGGAAUUGCUUCUCGGAUAACUGGACCAUUCAAACCUUUUCCUUCAACCUACAACCCUCAUCGGCCUGUGCCCUACCCUAUACCACCGUGUCGACCCCAUGCUACCAUCGCACCAAGUGCGUACAACAACGCAGGCCUUGUUUCUAUGGGAGGGGUUAUAACAGCCAACGUGCCCCCUCCCCCCUACAGCUCCACCCACAAAGUAGCAGGUUACGCCAAACCAGGCAAUCCGCAGAACACCACACCUGGAGUCAACAGCGGGCCCCUCCUUAUUCCUCAUGGGUCCACGCCUUCUACCCCUGUCCCACCCCACGCUUCUCCCGCUCAGCCGACUCCCACAACCCCGAUCACACCGGUUUUCCCCGGCAUGGUGCCCUCUCACAACCCCAGUGCCCCCUCUCCAUCCCCCGCUCCAUCCCCCUCUGUGAUCAAAGCAGGUCCACACACCCCCAGUGGCCAUGCUACACCUACACCCUCAUCUGUCAUUAAAGCCCACACCCCUUCAGGCACUCCUUGUGGAACUCCUGUCCCGGGUAGCUUCUCCUCUUCCCCCUUCCAUGUCGUUUCUCGACCAGGCACCCCUGCUACCUCCCGCGGCAUCACUGACACCUUAAGUCAGACGACGAACUCCAUGGGCUCAACUCAGCAGAAGGUUUUUUCCACAGACCACCAGUCAGGACACACCCACCCUGGCAUACACCCACAAGCAGGUAACCCCCCUGGGUCAGUGAUCCGAAGUUACACCCCAUCUGGAUCAUCCACUCCAGUUAUUCCGAGCUGUUCCACCCCAGGUCUCAGUCCCAAACCCUCCCCGGUUCAUUCUGCGCAGGUUCAGGCCGCCAUGGCUGCGGCUGGAGUCCUGAACCGACACACUGGGGGUUGUAACAGUGGCAGUAACAGCCCUGUGCCCUCUGCCUUUAAGGGCACCUCCCGCUCUGGAACACCGUCUGUUAGCUCUCUGGUGGUGCCGGGUUCUGCGCAGGCUGCUCUGGCACGUUCCUUCGCCCUGGCACACCCCUCAGGUUCUCCUCAAGUCUCUCUCUCUAGUCCUGUCGGAAUCCCCGGCCUCCAAGCUCUGUCCUCUAGCCCAGCACCCUCUCAUUAUCCUGGUCUGUCCCCCUUUUCCUCCCUUUCUUCCUCUCUCCCUCCUUCCACAAUGUCUGCAUCCAUGCCCGCCAUGCCUCCCACCAGCAACAUUUCUAACCAUCCACAAACCUCCAUCUACCAAGGCCUGGCUCCCAACGCUGCCGUCAGUGCAGCCUCUCCUUUCGGUCUGGGCCUCACCUCUGCCUCCUCUAUAUUCUCAGGCCUUCAGCCAGGCCAUAGCCCCGGUGCCUUCCCAGGGUUGGGAGUUUCAGGAGGGCAUGGUGCUGGGAGCCCUGUGUUGUCUUCAUUCAUGGGUCUGCCAGGGGCCACUCCAUCGUCAGUAGCGUCGGUGGCACCACUGCAGGCAGCCGCAGCGGCGGCAGCAGCGGCCGCAGCUGGAGUUCCAUCUUCAUCGCCAGUUUUACCAGGCUUUGCAUCUGCUUUCAGCUCCAACUUCCAGCCUGGGUUGAGCAGUGGACUUCAGGGCCCAGGAGGGAGCGCGUUCCCCAGCUUGCUGUCCUUCCCUGGGGUGCCAGGCUUCUCUCCCUCAGCCUCCCCUGCGGCGCUCGGAGGCCUACACAACCCAACCAUGCAGUCUGCUCUGCUGCAGGCUCAUCCCUCAUCUGCUUUGGAGAACUUUGCUCCUCAGCCCAACAGCUUCACCAACUACGCUCCAGGCCCCGGAAACCCCUUCCCCAUCCAACCAGGCCUGCACCCCCAGUUGGGUUGGCAGUGAAACCCCACAUAACACUUUGAAACACAUUGAAACACAGAGAACGCAUAUGCUGACACCUAUCCUACCCUACCCCUCAGCAGUAGACACAUUGCCUUGAACCCCGAGGAGCACAGGGCUGAUUGGAGAGAUUCAGUAAUGUGUAUGUUACAGCCAAGUAAGGAGGAACACUGUUGUGGGGGGAGGGGGUGGCGGAUGACUUAUAUUAUUCAUAGUGAACAGUUGUAAAUAUCAGUUGUCAAAGUUGUUAGAUUUUACAAGUAGACUGUGACUGGUUUUAAUGUUAGCUGGACUUGGCUGUUUUUAAUCAAGUUUAUCAACAUUUAUUAGUGAAUAAUGAAUUAUAGAAAAUAAAAAAAAAUGUACAUGAUAUCAUGUAAUGACUUGACAGUAUCCUCAUGUAGUAUUUCACGUCCAGUCUCUGGAAAGGGCAUGCUUAUGAUACUGAUUGAUUGUCCUGAACUGAAUAUUGUAUUAUGACAUGAAAUAUUUUGAAGCAGGCACACCAUGAAUAUUUUGAAUCCUUGUGCUGCGUCAAGGGUGGGAGUGUUGUACACAUAAACUUGCAUACGGCAGUUCUGCUCCUGUUUGUGUUAUUUUCAGUGAACGCACACUUGUGGCUGUCAGCAGUUUACAUUUUGUAUGUUUACAAAGUUCUUUUUGACAGAUGUCACCCUGCUUGUACUGUUAUUACAGUAUUCAACCAAACGUUGCUGAGAACAACUUGAAGCAUUCGUUGAUUUGAUAUGUGGACUUGUAAAAUGUCUGUUUUCUUCAGUAAGGCUUAGCAACAUAGUGAAAACUGUAAUUUUACUUCAUUUACUGUACACCUCAGUACACUCAGAAAGAGUUACAUUAUUGUUUGAGAGCAAUAGACUCGUUUGUUACACUGUGUUGUUUUCGUCUUUUUUGCCCUUUUUUUUUGUAUUUGAACCUGUUUUAUUAUUUUGUCAGUAAACUGCUGGUUGCUGUAGCUCUAUCUCUAUUCUGUCUGAUGCCAUGGCUGGGAACAUUGCAUGGAAAAGAACUUUUACUCACUCACAAUUAAAAAUAGUUGAAGGGUGUAAAAAGGUGUAACAAUCA